UUGCAAAGUAAAAAGAAGAUUUGAGUCUCUGUAUAUCAUUCACCUUUCAUCCACCAUUAUUAGCUUCAAACAAGUAAGCUUUUUGAUCUUCUUUUCUCUUUCUUUUUAAUUUCUAUUGCAAAUCAUGUAUGUUAUCUGUUUACGCAUCUUUGGUGAUGGAUGGAGUGAGAGAGAUGUUAAAUUCCAGAAACAUAAAACAAGGUUAAAUGUCUGAAUACGGUUGCUAGAAGGGUGAUGAUACAGCUUGUUGCUUGCUUAAAAGCAUCGGAAAGGAGUUCAAGCUCCGACAUCUCAAAUUCACGUCUGUCUUGAGAACAUCCAAACAAUCUCUCAGCUCGAUCCAUGCGUAAACAAUCUCUAAACAGGAUGGCACCCAUACUACUUAAUUAUGUGUACAUAUUUUAUGACUUUGCUGAGAAUUUCUUUUCUUGAUCGAUGCAGGCAAAGAGAAGCAAAAAGGGGGAAAACCCUAAUUUUCAUUUUUGUUUUAUAUUUUAUUUAAAGGGAAGAAAAUUAAGGGGGUUAUAAUGGGAAGAGGGAAAAUAGAGAUAAAAAAGAUAGAGAAAUCAUCAAGCAGACAAGUGACCUUCUCAAAGAGAAGAAAUGGAUUAUUGAAGAAAGCUAAAGAGUUAGCCAUCCUUUGCGAUGCUGAAGUUGGGUUGAUUAUCUUCUCCAGCACCUCCAAGCUUCAUCAUUUUGCCAGCUCUAGCAUGAAAUCUGUCAUAGAACGUUACAACAAGUAUGAAGAGGAAUAUCAUCAUCAACUACUUGAUCCUGCUUCUGAAUUAAAGUUUUGGAAGAAGGAGGUAGCAAGCCUGAGGCAACAACAAAAUGACUUGCAAGAAUACCAAAGGCAGUUGAUGGGGAAAGAGAAAGAGCUAUCUGGUUUAAGCUUCAAAGAUCUACAGGGCCUAGAAAACCAGCUUGAAAUGAGUUUGAAAAGGGUACGCAUGAGAAAGGACCAAAUUCUGACAAAUCAAAUCGAUGAGCUAAAGCGCAAGGGACACCACAUUCAUCAAGAGAAUCUAAAAGUACACAAGAAGCUAGACCUUAUUUGCCAUGAAAAUACUGAACUUCAAAAGAAGGUAGUUAAUGGAAAUGGAACAGAAGAAGCAAAUGAAAGCAGCAAAAGCUUAUCCCACAGUUAUGGUUUCAACAAUGGAUAUGAUUAUUUGCAAGCACCUGUUGUUGAUCUCCGGUUAAGCCAGCCUCAACAACUUCCCGACGCUUAUACAUCAAAAUCGAAAACUAGGUAA